CUAGCAGACAUCGCUCUAGGAUCAUUUAAAGGGUAGUGCGAAGAGAAGUCAAGCGAAUUUACGGAAUAUUACGGAUCAAACCCAGCUCUGCGCCAUCGACCAUGUGGCCACCGGGAAGCCGACAGGGAAAGCGAUAUGGACUUGGAGUCGUCCUGCCAUUGGCUGUUGGACUCCUGCUCUGCUCUGCGCAGACGCAAAGCUCUGUGACGUCAUUAAGAAGCACUGCAUCAGCAGCGGCAGCAGUAGCAGCAGGGGAUACUUUGGGGGAUGCUGCUGCUCUCAGGGCCACAGCAGCCCAAAUCCUUGAAGACGCGCGACCCAGCAGCGUAGUUCAGGAUUGGAGUUUGGUGUGCAAAGAGCUCUGCGGAGCCGGCCUGGGCGUUACGACGCCUGGCGAGGCCCAUUCUACGAUCCUGAGACCGGAAAUUGAUGCGGCCAAGUGCGGGCAACUGUGUGGACUGCCAAGGGAUAACGUGGGCGAUAGACUCUGUUCGAGCUUCUGCCAUCAAAGGCAUCGCUCGCUGUCCGGCUGCAGUCCAUGCCAGGUGCAGGAGGUGGAGGAGCAGAAGGAGUGGAAGGAGGCCAGUGCAGUGCAAGGCAAUGCCACACAUGGUCCCAGAUCCGGGGAAUCCCUGGCGGCAGUAGCAGGAAUUGCAGCCGCCUCGGAUGGUACGACCACGGCGACACCCGACUGGAACGAAUUGUGCAAGGCGCUCUGCAAGACUGGCGAUGGCGGGUCAUUGUGCAACUGUGAUCUAUCGCCGUUCUUCACCUGAAAGGGGAACCCCCAGGUGCGAUGGAAGGCGCUGGAUCACAAAUAAUUUAUAUAUAUAAUUCAAAAGUUAUAUAACAUUUUGUUGUUCUUCGUUUUGGACUUGAGUUAGUGCUAGUGUUGUCUUUAUAUAUACAUAUAUUCUAUAUUCCAUA